AUGCUCUCUCUGAAUACUCUCGUCUCUUCACCAUCAGCGACGAACCCAGGCCUGUCUGGACGGCCGCCUAAUGGUUCAGCUCCCUCCUCACAGGAGGAGGAUCCAUCAUUGAGUGAGCGAUCGACACAACCUAUGAACUUUAAAGCAGCUUUGGCUGGGAAUGCAUCAAGAACAUCAAGAUCGAGACCCCAAUGGACCUUCGUAGGAACAAAGUUUUGGAGACGGGCUCUUUUCAAGGCGAACCAGAGCUGA